AUGGCCACCAGAGACGAACCGGGAAUCGUGGAUUUUGUCCUGCUGGACGAGAUCACGAUCGAGGGAUUCAUGGAAAACCUGACGUUGAGAUUCAACUCUGGUUUUAUAUACACCUAUAUUGGGGAAGUCUGUAUUUCUGUAAAUCCAUACCGCACUUUAAACAUCUAUGGUCAAGACUACAUAAAUCAAUACAAAGGACGGGAGAUUUUUGAAAAUCCAGCACAUAUAUUUGCAAUUGCGGACUCUGCACACCGUAGCAUGAAAAUGCACAGUCAAGAUUCUUGUAUUGUUAUUAGUGGUGAAUCAGGAAGUGGUAAAACUGAAGCAUCUAAGAUUAUAAUGAAGUAUAUUGCCGCAGUCACUAACUUGACUGGUCAACAAGAAGUAGAACGAGUAAAGAACAUCUUGAUCCAAUCAAACAUAAUUUUAGAGACAUUUGGAAACGCUAAAACCAACAGAAAUGAUAAUUCCUCUAGAUUUGGAAAAUAUAUGGAUAUAAAUUUUGAUUUUAAAGGAGAUCCAAUUGGUGGACGAGUUAUUAAUUAUUUACUUGAAAAAUCUCGUGUUAUACAACAACAACUUGGUGAACGUAACUUCCAUAGCUUUUACCAGGCAUUAGGAAAUACAACACAUAAAGAAGCUAGCAAUCUAGGGUUGAAUCCAGAUCCCCAACAUUAUUUUUAUACACAGCAAGGGAAAUCCACGAUUACAUCAGCUGAUAAAUCUGAUUUUCAAGCUACCUUAAGUGCUUGCAAGACACUUGGAUUUUCUGUGAUUGACAUUAAAACCACUUGGAAAAUUGUUGCCGCUAUCUUACAAUUAGGAAAUGUAACAUUUUCAACCAAUGAUGAUGAUACUAUUGCUGUGACUAAAUCUCAUAAUAAUCCAGUUGAACAAGUAUCCAAGCUGUUAGAGGUUGACACUAAAGAUCUUUUAACAGCUUUAAGUAAACGUAUAAUUGCAGCAAAUGGUGAAGUAUUGCAGAAAGCUCACACUUUAUCUCAGGCUGAAGUUGGAAGAGAUGCAUUAGCAAAAGCAAUUUAUGAUCGGUUGUUCACUUGGAUAGUAAGUAAGGUCAAUGAAGCCUUAAUACCAUAUAUUGAAAAUGAUAAGUACAAAGGAGGAACUGUAAUUGGAGUAUUAGAUAUUUAUGGAUUCGAAGUAUUUGAACAUAAUAGCUUUGAACAAUUUUGCAUUAACUACUGUAAUGAAAAACUUCAACAAGUAUUCAUAGAUUUGGUGUUACGUCAAGAGCAGGAAGAAUACAAAAAAGAAGGCAUAGCCUGGCAAGAAAUUAAAUAUUUUAACAACCAAGUAAUUUGUGACCUUGUAGAAAAAUCUCAUCAAGGUGUAAUUGCAAUUAUGGAUGAAGCUUGUCUGAAUGUAGGCAAAGUAAACGAUGAAAUGUUAUUAGAAGCCAUGGACUCAAAACUUUCGUAUCACAAACACUAUUCUAGCAGGCAGGUGAAUACAUUGGACAAAGAUUUAAAACAUAAGACUCAAUUUAAAAUUUUACAUUACGCUGGUGAUGUAGUGUAUAAUAUUUAUGGUUUUUUGGAAAAAAAUAAAGAUACAUUAUUUCAAGAUUUUAAAAGACUGCUUUACUCUUCAAAGAAUCCAAUUAUUAGAGAUAUGUGGCCUGAAGGAGCCUUAGAUAUAAAAUCUACAACAAAAAGACCAGUAACUGCUGGAAGUGCAUUUAAAACAUCAAUGAUUGCUUUGGUCAAAACAUUAAAUAGUAAAAUGCCAUAUUAUGUGAGAUGUAUAAAACCAAAUGAAAAUAAGGCUCCUGUUGGGAUAGACUAUAAAAGAGUUGUUCAUCAAGUUUCUUAUUUGGGUCUAUUAGAAAAUGUCAGAGUGCGAAGAGCUGGGUUUGCUCAUAGACAGCCUUAUAGCAGAUUCCUCAAAAGGUAUAAAAUGAUAAGUGGUUUUACAUGGCCUAGUUAUAAAUGUAGUGACAAAGAUGCCACCAGAGCAUUAAUAGAUGAAAAUAAUUUUUCAAAUGAUGUUAAAUAUGGGAUAACAAAGUUAUUUAUUAGAUCACCUCAAACAUUAUUUGCCUUGGAAAAGAUGAGAGCAGAAUUAAUCCCAGCUAUAGUGAUAUUAUUGCAAAAACAGUGGCGAGGUGCUAUAUGUCGUGCUAAAUUUCGCAAAAUGAAAGCUGCCUAUUAUAUAAUUAAAUUUUAUCGGCGUCAUAAAAUACGCACUUACCUUAAAUCUGUCCUGGAAGCUCAUAGAACUUGUGAAAUGAAUGCACAUCAUAAGGAAUCAAUAGUUUGGCCACAUACAAAUUUUGCUGUUCGUCAAUUAGAACCUUCAUUAAGGUCUAUAUACAAACGAUGGAAGGCAUAUAAGCUAUUGAGCCCCUAUCCUAGAAGUGAAUGGCCACAGUUGCGAUGCAAAGUAUAUGCUGCAUCUUUAUUAUGGGGGAAACGGCCAAGUUGGGGUGCAAAACGUAUGUGGAGAGGUGAUUAUCUUUCAUCACCUACAGAAAACGUAGAAAAUGCAAAUUAUACAGUUGCAUUGAAUAACCUUAAGAACUCUGAUCGUUUUAAUCAGGUGUUGUUUUCGAGUUUUAUUCAUAAAACGAACCGUUAUAAUAAGUGUGCGGAUCGUGCAAUAUUAAUAACUGAUUGGGCAAUUUAUAAGUUGGACAUAACAAAUUUCAAACCAAUGAAAAAAGGAAUGCCUAUACAAGAAGUAACUGGAAUGAGUGUAAGUCCAGGACAAGAUCAACUGGUUGUAAUUCAUUCUAAUCGAGGAAAUGAUCUAGUAGUUACUUUAAAACCAACUGCUGACAUUAAUGAAGACAGAAUUGGUGAACUUUUAGGAGUCAUCAGCACCAGAUAUUUCCAAUUGAGGAACUCCGAGUUGCCAGUAAAUGUGUCCAACAAAUUUAACUGUAUGUUGGGCAAAAAGUCUCGAAUGCUUCGAGUUGAAGUUAAUCCUCAAACAUCAACUGCAAGUUUUAGAAAAGAUGAUAAUGGUGGUAUUGUAUACAUCAUACCACCAAAUGUGGCAGUUCACCCAUUUAUUAAAGCGUAA